CAUUAAUAUGUUUAUAAAUUAUUCUCCUCGUUUCUUCUCGAUGCCAUAAACUCUUAACAUAUGUGAGUAUUAAAAUUUAUUAAUCAUUUGGAGUUUAUCAUAUUAUUUAAAUUAUAAUUUACAAUUUAAUCUGGACAUUAUAUAUUUGCUUAGUUUGGAAGUGUGCGUUUAAAUUCAAUUUGACAACAAAAUAAAUUAAAAACAUGCAAUAGAAGCUCACAACUAACACAGAGGUUUGUACUUUAAUCAAAAUUUUAUUUAACAUAGGAGUAGAUAUGUAAUAUAGUCUCUAUAAUUAACACAUUAAAAACCCAUUCCAUUAAAAAGUCAUCGAAAUUAGUUUUUUGUCUCAUUGAAUUAUACAAGUAUCUACGCUAUUUUAUUAUAGUACAAUACACUUACAGAUCAUACUAUUACUUAUAUUAUUGUAAUACACUUAGUAAUGAACUUUAAAAUAUUAUUAUAGUUCAAUGGCUUUUUUUUCUAUGUACAGAGUAUAACUAUUAUUAUUAUAAUAUUUUGGUUUUUUUUCUACUUAUCUAAUUAUCGCACUAGCAAAAAAUAUUCUAUUAAAUUUUGCCAUUCAUGUUCAUUUGGUCUAUUAUUUUCAUUUUUAUGUUUUGCAGAUUGAAUUUUUUUAACCAUUAUGACUUACAACAACCCCCCCCCUAGUUACUUAAAAUGUUUAAUUUUCCACUGCUUAUUAAGAAUUCAAUUAGGUGAACUUUUCUUUAUCUUAAAUAUAUUAUGCUUGUAGAGUUGUGCUAUAUUCAGAGUAUCCCAAGAAGAAAUACCUAUUAUUUUCGGAAGAUAAUAAAGAUAAUCAAAUAAAUAGAUUAGAUAAUAAAUCAGACAAAAUAAAGUGUACAGUUAAUUAGCUAUAAUUAGUUCCUAUCAACGAGGAAGAUAAAUACAAUUUUGAUUUAAUUUUAAUUUUAUUACUAGAUAGUAGGUAUAUAAUAUUGUUAUUGUCAUUCAAUAAUAUGAAUAACGUUAUCAUUUAGGCUGUAUUUCCUAAAAUAUUAAAUAUAAAAUGUAGUUAUAAGUACCUAAAAAGCUAAAAAACUGCCUUAGGAUAAUGGGGAUAAUUGCAGCCACUGUUAUAGGCAAUUGUAUGUAUAUCUGUAAGCAGUUAUAAUUAACUGUUGCUAAUGAAAAAACGAUUCUGAGCGGAGUUCAGUUGAUAGUAUUGCUUUGUCAACAAAAUAUAUAUUAGUGUCAUAUUAGUGUGAAAUAAUUACAUAAUAUGUAUUAUAUAUUUUCCUUAAUAAUAUUUGUUUAAUAUUGUACCUAUUUUUUAUUUUUCCCAUUUAUUGGGAAAAUCAAAAAAUGAUUUCCUUUAAGUACAACCCCAGUCAGAUUUCCUUCCAGAAAGUGUUAUCAUUAUAAAUCGGAGCGAAAUUACUGGUAGAAUAGUUGUCGAAAAAAAAAAAAUUAAUUAACAUCGUUGUAAAACCAAUAUAUUCCUCACUCCACUCAGAAUCUAAAAUGAAUGUUAUAAAUAUUGAUAUUUUCAAUAAAAAAUAAAUAAUCCAGCAGUUGAAAGUAUGUAAACAUUUUUGUUAUGAGAGUACGACCUUAUACCAUUACUGAAAUAUUUUUUUUGUAUAUAAUCUGAUAUAAACAUUCAGUAAGUAAUUUUUUAAUUCGUAAUGAAAACAAUAUCAAAAUCUGUUGUUUUUUAGAAGAACUAAACAUAAAGUAGUUGUAAAGUCUACUAUUUUCUAGCGACUUUGUUUUAUAUUAUUCACAGGUAUAUCUAGGGUAAUGCUUUAUUAUUUCUGAUCUUAUUUGUUAUUACUUGUAAUACAUAUGUGAAUUAUCUGCGCACUGUGCACAUAUAUAUCCCAGAUUAAAUUGUCUAUGAUUUAAGAUAAAGAGAUAAACAGAUAUUAUUUUAUCAAUUAUAGAUAUAUUAUUUAUUUUUUGUUCAUAACUGUUUCUGAAGCUAUUAUAUGUAACACAUAAAAUCAGUGCAUUCUUCACUAAACUGAGAAUUUAAAAAAAAAUUAAUUAAUUAAUUUAAAAUCUUCUGAAAAACAUUUUUAGACAACAAGUGCACAAAAUAUACAAUUUUAAAGAUAUGUGAAUGACAUAAAUAAAAUAUUAAUUUAAUAAAUGCAUACUAUUUUCUGAAGAAAGUCCACCUUUCUUUCUAUGUUCAUAAAAAGACUAUAUCAAUUCAUAAGACUUUUCACAAAAAUUACAAUUAUAGAUCUUAUUAUUUAUUAAAAUUUGCUUAAAAAAUAUAUUAAACAAAUUGUAAACUGUCAUGUGCAUUAAAAAAUGUUUAUAUGAAAUCAUAGUAAAAUAACAAAGUAUUAGGAAAGUUGAUUUAAGUGUAUAAUGUUCAGCAAAAUAUCUAAGCUAAUAUUUUUUCUAAUAACAAAAUUAAGAAGUUUUGUUCAUGACUUUCUGAGGAAUUCUAAAUAUAAUGUAUUAUAAUCUAAUGUCUAAAAUGUAUAUAAAAGUAGCAUAAAUUUAAAAAUUAUAUUAUUGUAACAGCUUUAUAAUUGAGCAUUAUUCAAAUCUUGAACUAAUAUUUGGGAUCAAUGUUUAGUUUCUUAUACUAUUAAAAUAUAAAAGAGAAAGCUGUCCAAGAAAAAUAGGGACAGGUGCAGCCACUAUUGUGAGUGGGAAUUUUGGUAGGUAGGAUAUAGACAUGAAUUUGGACAAGUCUGAGCGGGUUCAGUUAAUAGCGUUGCUAGGCUAAUAUUUAUGUCAUAUUAUGGUAAAAUAAUUUCAUAAAAAUCAAAUAUUUUCUUUAAUAAAAUUUGUUUAAUAUUGUACCUUUUUUCCCAGUUUUUCCCAUUUGUUGAGAAACUUGUAGAAAAAUCAAAAAAUGACCUCUGGAGAAUAUAAAGAUAAUCAAAUUUUGUUUUUUUUAUAUAUAUUUUCUCCUCGAUAACAACUAAUAUUAUUUAUAAUGCAUUAAAUUGUUUAUAUUUUUAUAAAAACAACUUUAAAUUGUACUAUUUUUGAAAAAAUUGGAGAUGGCCAUUAUAUAGUUUAUUCUUUUGAAAAUGUUGAUGUAUCAACUUUUUAUAUUCAUUAAAUUUAUGGUUGUUAAUAAUUUUUAAAAGUUUAGAAAAAAUAAUUGUAUAAUUAAUAAGUCGUAAUAAUAAUAAUAAUAAUAAUAAUAAUAAUCAAUUAGUGAAUGAGGUUACAGCCUGUAGCUGCAUAAUUAUAAGUACUUUUCUAUGAACUUAAAAAAGUUAUUAAAAAUCACAAAUUUAAUGAAAAUAAAAAGUUGACACAUCAACAUUUUCAGAAAAUAAACUAUAAAAGAGCCAUUUUCAAAUUUUUCAAAAAUAAUAAAAACAUUUAUUAAACUUUUUCACCACAAUAAAUAUAAUUAAGUGUAAUAUAUUUUUAGUCCCUAUCCCUAUAUAUUAGAUAAAAAAAAAAAAAAAAUUGAUAACCUUUAUUACCACAGGAGAUAUUGCAAUGGGUAUAUUAUAUACAUGGGACACCCUCUAUUUAAAUGUUAGUGAUUUAUAAUGCAUAGAACCAUGAAAUUUGUGUUUUAAUAAAUAUUUAUUAAUAAACAGUAGUAUAGUUUCAUAGUUUAUUUAACCAAAGUUUUAAUUACUUACCAGACUAAAACAUAAUAAAACUGUGAUAACCAUAACUAUUAAGAUCAAUUAUUAAAAUUAAAUUAAAUAUUUUAAUGGCUACAGGUAGGCUGAGAGAUUAUUUGAUUCUAGUGAAGCUCUGCUGAUCAGGGUGUCUUACAUUUUUGAGGUACUUAAAUUUAAUCAAUUUAUUGUUUGAAUGUUUUCAAAAUAACAAAUUAAAAACAAAUAUUGUAGGUAUGUUACAAAAAAUAUUAUGUCUUAACACGUUAAUUGACAAAAAAAUGACUACUAAAUUUAACAUAAGACUAUCUUAUAUAAAAUUAAAUUUAAAAAAAUGGUAGGUUAGAUUAUUUAAUUAAAAUAAAUACCACAUACUAUUGGUAUAAUACCGAACCUGUUUUAAUUUUUAUUUUACUACUAAACAUUUCUCGAGUUAUAAAUUUGUUUACAAAAUAUUGUAUAAUAGCUAGGUUGUCUGAAUAAAUAUCUACAGCUUUUAUAAUUUUACAAUAUACAAACAAAUUUAAUUAAUAAUUAUAUAACAAAAUAGGAUUAGCAAUGUACGUCCAAAACUGAUACUGAUAACAAGAAACAAGACGUGAUCGGUUGACCAUAUGUGGAUAUCACUAUUGUAAAAUAGAUUGUGAACCAUAGUUUAUUAUCUAUGGUUUUUACCAGAUUAUAUUUUCCUAAUAAAUAAUGAUAAAAAUUUAUUUCGCCAUGUUUAACAACUCGUGUGUGUGUGUGUGUGUGUGUGUUUGCACAGUACGCAGUAGUGCAGUAAUUAUUUUGUUUGUUUGGAGUUUAUCAUUAUAAUUAAUAUUUGAUGUUAAUCUGUUCAUUAUACAAUUUCAAUAAUUUCAUAGUCAGAGAACGCUUUAAAAUUUAAUUUGUUUACAUAAAAAAUAGGUAGGUACAAUGAAUGCUCACAAUUAAUAUCAAGGUUUGUAUUUUAAUCAAAAUUUUAUUGAAAAUAGUAGUAGACAUUUUGUAGUGUCAAAAAUUAACACGUUAAAACUCCAUUCCAUUAAAAAAACAUCUAAAUUAUUUUUUCUCAUUGAACCAUACAAGUGCACUAUAUUAUUAUACUAAAAAUACACUUGGAGAUAAUACUUUUACUUAUAUUAUUGUAUUACACUUAGUAGUGAACUAAAUGACUAUAGUUCAAUGGUUUUCCUUUAUAUUUAUAAAAUAUCACUACAACUGAUAUAAUAUUUUGUUUUAUUACUAACUAUUUGUCUGUUUGUCACGAUGGAACAAAAUAUAUACGAACCUGUUUUAAUUUUUAUUUUACUACUAAACAUUUCUCGAGUUAUAAAUUUGUUUACAAAAUAUUGUAUAAUAGCUAGGUUGUCUGAAUAAAUAUCUACAGCUUUUAUAAUUUUACAAUAUACAAACAAAUUUAAUUAAUAAUUAUAUAAUAAAAUGGGAUUAGCCAUGUACGUCCAAAACUGUUACUGAUAACAAGAAACAAGACGUGAUCGUUUGACCAUAUGUGGAUAUCACUAUUGUAAAAUAGAUUGUGAACCAUAGUUUAUUAUCUAUGGUUUUUACCAGAUUAUAUUUUGCUAAUAAAUAAUGAUAAAAAUUUAUUUCGCCAUGUUUAACAACUCGUGUCUGUGUGUGUGUGUGUGUGUGUGUGUGUUUGCACAGUACGCAGUAGUGCAGUAAUUAUUUUGAUUGUUUGGAGUUUAACAUUAUAAUUAAUAUUUGAUGUUAAUCUGUUUAUUAUACAAUUUCAAUAAUUUCAUAGUCAGAGAACGCUUUAANAAUAGUUAAUCAUUACUUACAUAAUCAUUGCUUAGAUACCCAUUAAAUUUCUGUCUAUAGCCUAGCUUCCCAGCUUCCGACCUACAAUAGUGGCUGUACUCAUGCCGAUUAUCCUCGCCAUUAUCCUAGAAUAACUUUUUAUCAUUAUGACUUAUAUUCCACCCCCUUCCGAGUUACUCGAAAUGUUUAAUCUCCCCCUGUUUAUUAAUAUUACAUUUUCAAAUUUCAAUUAGAUAAACUUUUUUGUUAUCUUAAAUAUAUUAUGUUUGUAUCAUAUACAGAGUAUAUGAUUUGAUUUUACAUUUGAUUAUCUUUAUUAAUUCAGGAGAUGUUGCAAUGAGUAUAGCCUUGUGGUAUACUGUAAAUAAGCAUUCAGUAAGAAAUUGUCUAAUUUAUAAUGUAAACUAUAUAAGAACUAACUGUAAAGUCAACUACUUUCUAGUUACUUUGUUUUAUAUUAUUAAGAGGUAUAUCUAGGGUAAAUACCAUAUUGUUUGUUAUUGUUAUAUUUAUUAUAUUGUUAUUACAUAUGUGAAUUAGUAUCUGUGCACUGUGCAAAUUAAAUAUUUCAUCGUAUUUCAUUUUAUACAUAUAUCUCAGAUUAUAAUUUACAUGAUUCAAGAGGACACCACACCGAUAUCUACUGUCUGUCUUACAAAGGCAAGACAUAGCAAAUUUGCAUUCAGUAGGACACAAUUUGACACAUUGUGCCAUUAGUUUUAAUAUUAAAUUUAAUUGUCCUAUUACCAAAAUUAAUGGUAAGACAAUCGUCUAUAUAUAUGCCUGUAUGUGCUCUAGCAUUGAUAAUCUUUUUAAUAUUUGUAAUUUCAAAUGAGGUAUAAGUGUAUUAAAUAUCCAAAUUUAAAAAUUAAAAAUAAAAAUUGUAAGAUGAGACAGUUGAUUUCAGUUUAACGUUCUCUUAAAGAGAUAUUAUUUUAUCAACUUUAAAUGUAUAAUACUUACUUUUUGUUCAUAACUGUUUCUGAAGUUAGUUUGUGUAACAUAUUCUUUGAAAGUUUGUUUCUUAUUGAAACAUGUUAAUAAAGUAUUUAAAUUGUUUGAUUUUUGUUAAGACUUGAUUUUUUUUUAUUUUAGUUAUUUUUUUUAAAAAAAAAAAAACAUUAGAAUACUAUUUGACUGAUAUUUUGCAAAACUUUAUGCACUUUAUAUAUUUUUGUUUACGUAUUUGCAAUUUUACUAUGAUUUCAUAAACACAUUAUUUAAUGUUGAUAGCUGUUUAGAAUCUUUUAAUACAAUUUUAAGUUUGGUUAUUUAGAAUAUCAAUACAUUUAAAUAAUUAAUUUAUGGAAGUUAUAUAUAGUUGUUGAAAAUAACAUGUUGAUUUAAUGUUGAACAACUUUAUUUAUUAUUGUUUUUUAAAGAUAUUUCUCAUAAUGAAACAUUGAAUAUUUGCCUUGCUACAGAAAAUUUGAACUAGAUUUGCAUUGAUAAAAUCUUUAAUUGUGAUGUUUGUAUAAAGUCAUAUGAAUUAAUUUCUUCUUUGAAUAAAUACAAAUUAAAGUCUCUCAAUUCAUAAAAGUAGUGUAUUUAAAAUAUUCUUUAGUCAAUUGUUCCUCUAACUUUGAAACAUUAUUGUUGAUUAUUAACUUUAUUAUAUUUGAUUUGUUUAAUAAUGUUUUGAUAUAAAUAUUACCAAAACUUACGUGAAACAGACCAUAUAGGCUUUACUUAACCUAAAGGAAAUAGAAUCAACAAAUUUAAUAAUGUCAUUUACAUUUACUGUAUUAAUAUGUUUUGUGAUUUAAUUUUUUGUACCUGUGUGUUACAUUUCUAUUAGAAUUCUUGCUUUGAUGUACUAAGUGUAGCAACAUUCUUGAAAGGAAAUUUGUAUCUAGUUAGUGUUUGAUUUUCUAAAGAGUUUUCCUAAUAAUUGGGAAAAAGACAAACCAUGAAAAUUGAUAAAUAUACUUUUUUGCUAACUGUUAUAACUGUUUUAAUUUCUUAGGUAAAUUUUGUCUUUUUUGUCAUUUUAUACUACAAUUUUUGACAAUUUAGUGCAUAUUUAUUGUAUUUUUUGGAAUUCUAUUUUAUUUUGAAAUUGUGAAUAUAUAUAUUUCUAAGGUAUUUUAGUGCAUAAAUCCACAGCCCUAGUUUUAAAUAUUUAUAAAGACUUGAAAUUCUAAUAGAAAACCUAUAUUUGCUUUUUCUAGUCUUAGUAAAACUUUCAAAACAUUAUGAGUCAUUUUGAGCUAUUUAUAGAUAUUUUGAUAUACUGAGGUGCAUAAUUUUCAAUUUGUUAAAAUAUAUUGCAACAAGAUUAUUAAUAUGUUUUUAAUUAACUUUUAAAUAAAAUUGUUAAAAAGGUGAAGAAGAAAAACAGCUAUCAAGAUAUCCAGAUUUUGUAUUUGUAGAUGUGUCAACUACAAUUAAUACUACAGAAAUAUGCAAUGAUAAUAUAGACUGUGAGCCAUUGUAAGUAUUCAUAAUAAAUGUAAACAUUAUUCUGGUCUGAUUUAAUUUGUUAGAAUAUUUUGAAAAAAUUAAUUUAAUUUUAAGACAUAAUACAUUAGUAUUAUUAUUAAAUUAAUAUUUUUUGAAAUUAAUUAUAUUGUAUAUUGUGUAUUGGUGUAAUGUUUUUUUAAGUAGGUAUUAAUUUCUCAAAAAUAAAUACCAUGACAUAUUUGAUUUAUAAACUGUUUUCUUUUAGAUUUAAAACUGAAAAAAAAAGAAGAGAUCUACAAGGGUAUGUAUUUAUUAUGAGUAGAUAAUAAAUAAAUAGAAUAGUUGUAUAUAUAAAAAUUGGUCAAACAUAUGAUUUUGUUUAUAGUUAUUAAUUAUUAUAAACAAGUAAUAUGAACUUGUUUUAAUCUGCCAUUAGAUUCCAUUGGUUAUUAAUAUCCUAUAUUGUAAAUAAUUUCAUUUUACAUUUCUACCUACCUUCAUUAUUAGGAAGUAUACCCUUAGUUUAUAAACAUUCCAUAGAAUAGAAUAUUUAAGUUAUUUUACCAAUGGUCAAUUAUUGUGAAGUGAACAAUUCAAAAUAAUUAUUCUUUGUGUUUCUUGUUUCAUGUCUGUUAUAUUCUAAAAAAUUAGAUUGCUGAAUAUAGUUUAUUUUUACAUUAACAUUCACAGGCAUAUAUUAAAAUGUUUUCUUAGUUUAGAUUAUUAUGAAACAUUUAAUUGAUAUUGUUUUAAAAUUAGUGUUUUUUGACCAUGAUUUAGGGAAGUUCAGAUAGUUAAAUUGUUUUCCAAAAGUAUGAAAAAAAAAGGAACUACAAAAGGUGUGGGAUACAGACCAUAGUGAACAAUUUGAAAAUGAUAUUGCUACAGUAAUUAAAGAAAAAAGUAUCAUUAGUAAAAUCUACAAGUGUGAUGUAUGUAAAAUAUCAUAUGAAUUUAUUUAUUCCUUGUUACAAACAUUAAAGAAGGCUCAUAAGAGUGAAGAUUUGUAUUUACUAGCAUACAAUUUACUUCUAUACUAAUUGCUAUUAUGAUUUCCUUUAUUAUAAUAAGAGAAAGAAUGUUGGAUAUAACUUGUCAUGUUUUCUUGUUCAACACAUUUAGAAUUCUUAUUUUAGUUUUUACUAAGAGGUGAUAUGUGGGAUGCCUGCUUUAUUUAUUAUUUAUUAAGGCUCAUAGUGUCAAAAAAGGUUUGUAUUUUUAAGUAUAAAUUAUACUUUUCAAUAGUUUUUUUUUUUUUAUUAGUUAUAUUAACAUCUUUAUGAAAUACUUUCAUCCUCUUUGAUUAAAGAUUUGUUUAUAAUUAUCAGUGUUUAUGACUCAUAACUAACUUAAAAAAAAAAAAAAAAAAUUUUGAUUAUUAUAUUUAUGUUUAAAUUUAUUUAUUGAGUACUUGAGUCCUAUUGAGAGUCUAAACCUAGCCCGAGGCCACUUGAUCUUGGUGAUAUAUUCCAGGCAAUCUUGGUCAAUAGUAUAACUCUCCUUUCUAAGCUGGUCCAUGGUUUCCCUGCUUAUCGCUAACUAACAUAGCUUCCAUUUUUGGUCUUGCUUCAGCACCACUAGCUUCUCCAAAGCUCAACUAGCUGUUUGUUGAGCACUAUCCUGACCUCCAGCUCAUAGUAUAGGUUAUAGGAGCCAAGCUGCUUAAACCUAUUGACUUCAAUACCUAGUAUAUUCUAUCCAUUAAAUAUGUACUGGCAUAUCACAGCUAACUCUCAUCUUUGAGUGCUGUUUCUCUAUCUGUAUUUCUUAACCUUGGAAUUUGGAAUUAUCUGUGUGACACUUUCCCUGAAUACUUAGGUUUGAAUUUAGAUAAACACUUUGGUCAAAUAUAUUAAACAAAAACGUGUUUUACUAAACUCUAAUCCCUAGGCUAAACAUAGCCUGAAAAACAAAUUAAUGUUUUAUAAAAAUCCAAAGCCUACUAAAUUUAGUUAUGGGUUGCAUUAAAAAACUCAAGUGUGUUAAAUUUUAUUUUGCACUUAGACUUGGGAACAUUGACAGUCUUCAUAUUUUCUAUAUCUUCAAUGAAGACUUCAUAGAUUAACCCAUUAUCUUCUUGCAAAGCAUCUAAAUUCGGUAAACAUACUUCCAUAUCUGGUUGCACAUUAAAGCAAAUGAAACUGAAACAAUUUAAAACAAAUUAAACAAAUAGUAAUAAAACCAAAAUUUAAAUAUUAUGACAAGAGUGGCUGCUAGCCAACUACUUUUCUCAAAUGGCAAUGUCCAUACAAAUUCAACACUAAUAUUUGUUUAUUGCUUAUGUAUAUAGUGUGUCCUGCCUUAUAUGUACCACUAAAUUACUUUUCUUGAAUUGCAAAUCAUUAUUUUUAUCACCAGAUAUGGAUAGAUCAUUUUCUUUCUACAUUACUUUUAUCUAUUGAUCAUGGUUCUAAAACUAAAAUUGACCUAGUUAUAGGUUUUUGAAAUUUGAAAAUUUGUAUUAUGAAAUAAAAUUAUUAUUGCUUUGUAACAUAAUGUUUUCAUUUAUGUUUAAUUUCUCAUCUUAUAAAAUGUUAAACAUUUCCUUCAUUAUUUUCUAUGAAAAAUAAAAUUAUUUUCAAAAUUCAAAAAGCUUUAGCUCUGUCAAUUUUAAAUAGAUAUCUAUGGUCAAUAGAUUGAAAAGAUGUUUAAAAAGAUUUUUAAAAAAAUGAUCUAUUCAUAUCUAGUGACAAAGAUCCUUAUCUUUGUCACUAGGGUUGGUGUUCCAGAAAAGUAAUUUUAAUUGCACAUGCACCCACUGAAAGAAUUAAAAAUUUAAAAAUUAUCUCAAUGUGAGAUAUUUAAUGAUGCAUAUAAGAUUGGACACAUUGUAUUUUAAACAUAUUUGUUUUAAAUUUUAUAAAUUGUUCUACACCUGCUGGUUAGAAUCAUUUAUUUAAUUUGUAUUUAUUUACACUUGUUUUUUUUUUUCUUAGAAGUUUCAACUACAAUUAAUAUUAAUAAUAUAGAAUUGUAAGUAUUUAAAACAAAUAAUUUAAUAAAUUUAAACAUUAUUCUUGAAUUCGCUAUUGGUGUCUUAUUUUUUAAGUACUAAUUUGUCAAAAAUAUGAUAGCUUUUUGUUAUACAUUUUUAUUUUAGAUUAAAGACUGUUAAAAAAGCAAAAUAUAGAAAAACUAUUAAGGUAUGUAUUUAUUAUAAAUAAACAAAUUUUUCUAAACAUGAUAAUUGAAUAAAUUUAUGAUUUUAUAUCCAGAUUGCAAACUUGUUCUUUUUCUUCUUCUCCUUCAUUUUCAGCUAUUUGGGGUUAGCAGCUCUCUGCUUAAACUCCUACUUUACCUGGUCUCCCACCUUGCAUAUACUUGCUGUGUUUGAGUGUCUUCAGAUUAUUCUCAAUCAUAUUCAACCACCUCUUUUUCAGUAUUUCUCAGCCCCUUUUUCCUCCUACAUCAUAUAUUUCCAUUGUAAUUAUUACUGCUUUAGAUUCUUCUCUCCUCAUGACCUGCCUAAACCAUCUCGGUCUAUUUUCUCAAAUGUUGUCUAUUAUUGAAGACAUUCCUAAACUACCUUUUAUUUACUCAUAUGUUAUCCUAUCUUCUGUUAUUUCACUCAUCUACCUAAGCACUUUCCUCUCUGCUAAUCUCAUUUUUGUUCUAUUUUGUCUAUCUACCUUUAAGUGUCAUUGAAAUUCUCUUGUCAAAAAUAUUAAAUUAAACAAUUAAAAAAAAUAUCUGAUAACGUAAAUAGAUUAUUACUCCUUAAUUAUUUUUAGUUUUGAAUUUUUUUUUAAACAAAUUCAUAAUUUUUUAUGUUUUUUUUAAGUUGUAUUAUUAUUAUUAGUAUUAUUUGUUACAUUGGUUAUAUCUGUAGUCUUACCUAAUAGUGAUGGAAAGUUUAGUUUAUUUUUGUGAAAAGUUCAUUGAGUGAAUAAUUCAAAUAAACUAUUCUUAAUUUUAUAUAGUUGACUGAUUCAUAUGGGAUUGUUUGGCAAUGAACUAUUUGGUUGAUUACUACUAGUAUUCUUUUUAAUAAUGAGGUCUAUGGUUACAACAAAUUCACAUGGUUUAGAUAUUAGAUAUAUAUUAUUAUUAUAAUAAUAUGAUACAACUAUGAACAGAUCGCAAUGAUAAUCAAUACCUUCACAUUAUCAAUAUUAGGUAGGCACCUAGUCAAAGUUCAGUAAUGUUAAAACUAUGAAUUAUAGCAAAGGUAGAAUAUAUGGUAUGAAACAAACAGUUAAAAUUACUGAUCAAAAAUGACCCAAAUUAUUUUAUUAAAACAAAAACACAAUGCUAUAUUAAUUUGUCUAUAUGGUACUUUAUUUUCCUGGCGGGUUUUUCAUAAUAUUUGGGAAACCCGUGAUAAAACAGCCUCCGGGGGGGGGGAGAUGGAAGUGAAUUUACGAAAAUAAUGCUUUUGUUAUUUUUAAAUUUGAUUUUUGUUAUAAUUCAGUAAAAAAUAUCAGUAGCAACUUUUUAUUUGCUUUUCUAGACAUGACGACAUUUUCAAAACAUUUGAGUCAAUUUUGAGCUUUUUAAAAAAAUUUUGAUUCAAUUUUUUAUUAAAAUUAAGUUAAAAAUAUUCCUGUGGAUUUUAUGAACUUGAAAUUUGGACACUGUCUUACUGUUAUAGAUGGGAACUUAGAAGAUAAUUAUUUAUUUAUUGUUAAAUAGGAUUUUUAUUUAAACUAGUUUAAUAAUAGUUAUUUAUAUCGUAAGCCUGUAUCAAUAAAUCAUUGAUAUCAAUAUAACGAAAUACGAAUUGUAUUGAAAGUUAUUGUAUUUAUUAAAAUAAUAUUUUUUUUUUGUAUUUUCAAUCACCUUCGUUACACGUAGAGGGGGAGCGAAUUUCGUAGUACAUAGAAACAUAUCUUAAAUUUAAACACAGUCAGUAUUAAUACAAAAUUACGAUAACAAUGACCAAAAAAAGAGUGCCGUUUACGUACAUACAGGCCAAGCCUUUGGAUAUGUCAUUUGAAAACGCGGAAUCGCUAGAUGCCAGCGAAUUUCAGGUUUUCCGGACAGAUCUCAUUAAUUCGCACCGGAUGCUCGGCGUGCCCCGAAAAUUCAGCGGGCGCUACAAGACGGCGUCGUUGCUGUUGAACGGCAACCGGUUGACGAGCCUGGAAGACUUCCGGACGCUGGCCGUCCGUAUGCUGUACUUGCCGUCGGCACUCUGCUGGCUGGACGUGUCCGACAACCGUCUGAACGACGUGUCCAUCGACGAGCUCUCCGAUUUUCCGAACCUCCGUACGUUGUACCUGCACCGCAACCGGUUGACGACCGUCGGUACAGUUGCGAGCCUGGACCGAUUGACCGAAUUGCGAACCCUGACGCUGCAGCACAACCCGCUGGCAACUGCGCACGCGUACAGGGCCAUGGUCCUGAUACUGUUGCCCCGGCUGACCAGCUUGGACUUUGUGCGUGUUACGAACGAUGAGAAGCACUUGUUGCCACCCAUUUUAGUACAACAAAUCGUCAACCAGGAGAAGAAACAGCAGAUCAUCGUUCCCCCAAAUUCCGAUUCUAAAACUGACAUCUAAUGGAAAACUAUACCCCUAAAAUCCCGUCGAAUAGUUUUUAAAAUUUUAGGUAUUCGAGAUGAGUUAGCACCUUAAUAAAUUAAUUAGUUGUACAACUUUGUGUACCCAAAUCAUUUUUUCUCUCCGUGUAAGAAACGAUUUUUAAGACUGAAUUAUUCCUGUAGGGUUGGAUUAGGCCACCGGAAUACAGAGGCAGUUUCGACUAAACUUAAAGGAGGGGGCAGUAGAAGAUUUAUGAAGGGAUUAGGGGAAGAGCCCCCCAUUCGCCUGCCAAGAUCCACAACAUUUUUUCAGAUCACCCUAUAUUUAUAAGCUCCCCCUAUCUUUAUAGGCUCCCCCUAAAAUAUUCCAGGAUAUCUUUAAUCUAGUUGAUAAUUAAAAAAGUAAUUUUUUUAUUUUAAUAAUUAGGAAAAUCAGAAAAAACGUAGAUAGAACAGAACAAUUUAUAAAAAUAAUGCUUUUGUUAUUUUCCAUUUGGUUUUUUUGGUCUUAAUUCUUCAGUUCAACAUGUUUGUUGAGGCUUUUUAAGUAAUUUUUAUUCAGUAGGUACUGAGUGGAUACAAUUGUGAGAUCAAACAGAAAUGCUUGAUAAUUUAAUAAGAAGUUUAUUAUAAGUCAAAAUUAGUGGUCAAAAAAAAACAAAUAUAAUGUAAUGCAAUUUUUUUUUAGAUUUUGAGUAUAUCGAAGAAUGUAUUAGUUUCACUAAGAUGUAAUUAUAUUUUCUAUUUUUUUUUUCUUGCUCAUGUGUAUACACGCGUGGUACAAUUUGUGAAAAGGAAUGUGACAACAUUUCUAGAAUACCGAUUGGGAGAUAAUUUUUUGAUUUUCUAAGCGGUUUUUAUAAUAUUUGAGAAAAACCAGGAUAAAACUUAAGAAAAAAGGGAAAUUUAUGAAAAUAAUGCUUUUAUAAUUUUUUAAUUUUGUUUUUUGUAGCGAUUCGGUUCAAAAUAUUUGUAAAGACUUGAAAUUUAGACAAAAACCUCAUAUUAACAUUUUGUAGACGUGGUAACAUUUUCAAAAAAUUUAAGCUAAUUUUGAUCUUUUUAUAGAUGUUUUAAUUUUGUGAGUUUUUUUUCAUAUUAUUUAUUCGAUAGGUACUCUGUGGUAAAAUUGUAAGACUUGAACAAAAAUGCUACAAAAUUUAACAUGAGGUUCAUUAAGAGAUUUUUUUGUUUUUGAACACAUAUAUUGUCAAUUUACUAACGAUGAAGUCAGAAUUAAGCAGACUGACUAAGUUUCGAAAUUAUAGCUUUUUGAAGUUCUGAUAUUAUGCGGAUAUUAUAACAUAUAAAUGUUAUGUUAUACAACUAUAUUGUCUUUAAAGUAUAUUUGUUGUGGUCUUUAUCGUUUGUUCCUAUUAUCAUUCUAAGAGUUUCGAGUUCAAACCAGUGUGACGAAAAAAAAAUAUUUGGCAUUUUUUUUCCCUUUUACUUGAACAAGGAAAAAACAAAUGCAUUUUGGAUGUACUUAGAGACCCAAGUCAUCGCUCCCUUGGACUAUUUUAAUCGCGAAAUACCCCUUGAUUUGUUGUGUAAACUUUUCUAUCACAAAUUUUGCUCUAAUGUAUCAAGUGUAGCUUAUUUUCUGAAACGAAAUUUUAAUUGUAAUUUAGAGAAGUCGUUUUUUUAUUUUUUAAGAAGUUUUCAUAGUAUUUUGAAAAAAACUGGUAUAAAAUAUCGGAAAAACUGAUAAUGUACCAAAUGUAGGUAUUAGUAAAAAAAAUAUUUUAUGGUUUUUUUUUUUUUUUUUGUGUACAACUUUUCUACCAGCAGUUUUGCUCCGUUUUAAAAUUAUAGUACUUUCUCUGAACAGGAAUCUGACUGAAGGUACUUUAUGAAGGUAAUUUUUUUAUUUUCCCAAGUGUUUCCCCAAUAAAUGAGAAAAGUCAGAAAAUAAACAUAGGAAAAUCGGUACAAUAUUAAUCAAAUAUUAUUAAGGAAAAUAUAUAAUGCCUAUUUAAUUAUUUAACUAUAAUAUGAUAUGUAUAUAUUGUUGACGAAGCAACACUAUUAACUGAACUCCGCUCAGAAUCGUUUUUCGUUAGCAAUGGUUAAUCUUUGCAUACAGGUAUAUUUAAUGUAUAUUAAAUUAUCUUUAACAGUGGCUGCACCCGUCUCCAUUAUCCUAGGAUGUCUUUUUUAAUUUUCGUUUUGUACGAUGUGCCUCUAUGGAACUUAUCUGUUUAUUUCUAAUUCUAUGAAACACUGUUCUAUUUUUUGUAAACGUGAAUAGUGAGUAAAAAUAUUUGAUUUUAAAUCUCUUUAAAAAGUUUUAGUUUAUUUUGAAUAUUAAAUACUAUUUCUCCUAGGUCAUAAAUUAGUAAAUUUAUUUAUUUCUCUUAACCAAUUAGAAUUUGAAAGUUAAAACUUUUAUUUUUUUCUAUUAAAAAUGCUUUGAUCGAUUCUAGUAAUUAAAAAAAUUCGGUUGAAAUGUUAUUAACUAUCUAACAAGACAAUACCAUGGGACAUCGUCUUCUAUGUCAUCUAGAAAGUUUUUAACUGACUAUGUGUUUUUGCAAUUGAACGUAUGUAAUUUACAAUUUUUAAAACAAAAUUCAUUAUAUGAUCAUAUUUAAAAUAUUUACCACUUAGGUGUUCUCUAUGGAUAAUACAAUGAAUAGGUAUAAAAUCUGGGAGAUAAGUAUCAUUUUUUAAAAGUAGAAAUAUUCGUAAUUUUGUUUAUGUAUGUAAAUAGUUGGUAACUUUAUCAAGAAUAACAAAAACAAAAAUUAUAACCCCAUGUGAAUUUAAGUAACCUAAGUAAUUUUACCCUCAAUCUCCAGGCUUCACAAUAGGUGGUGCGCGAGUCACUUAAAAAAGAGAAAGAAAACGUAAACAAAUUGUAGAAAACAGUCCCACAAUUAACAAUACAAAAUAUUCAGUAUUAAAUUUUGAAGGGAGUGAGAAAUGUAUAGUUAAAAAAUGACUUUUAUUUUUUUUUUACUUUAGACAACUUUUCUACCAGCAAUAUUUUGCUCCAAUUUACAAUGAUAGCACUUUUUCUAAAAGAAAAUCUGACUAGUGAAGUCAGAUUUUUAUUUUCCUAAGAGUUUUCCCAAUAAAUGGGGAAAAAACAUAGGAAACCGGGCAAAGGGAAAAUAAGUUUGAAUAUUAUUAGAGAAAAUGUUGAAUGUAUGUGUAAUUAUUUUACUGUUAUAUGACAUGUAUAUAUGGUUGACAAAGCAACAUUAUUAUUAUAAUCGAACUCCGCUCAGAAUCGUUUUUUUGUUUCGUACAUUAUAUACAUUCAAUUUUCCCUCCACUACCUUCUCACCUACAACAUUGGCUCACCCACGUGCGAAAUAUGUCUGUAUUUUUUAAGUAGUUAUUUUUACAAACAUUAUUUGCUACCUUAUGUACUACCUUAAGAGGUAGUAACCUCUUACACUAAAUCCAAAAAUAAUAUGACAAAUUUAAGUAUAUUCUAUUCUAUAAAUAUAUAUAUAUAUAUAUUAUUAUUAUUUUGUUAAUUACUAACACAUUGUAUGUGCCUAUAUCAUUAGUGAUUUUCCUAUUGAUUCAAAAUUAUUUCAUAUUCAGAAUAACAAAUCAAUGUUUAUAUUUCAAACAUUCGAUUAAUUGAUUAAUUAUCAUCAAUUUCUAACAUUUUUUCCAAAAAAAAAAAAAAAAAAAAAAAUACUAACUUUUCUAACUUUGCUUGAUACCUAUACUAACAAAUAAUAUUUAUGCAUUUCAAAUAAUCAAUAUUACACAUAUUAAUUUAUUUUAUAUUUUGUAGGUAAAUACAAAAAUAGAUUUAACGUUUGCGCAUUCGUAUUGGUUAUUGGGAGAAAUCGUAUUAGGAAAAAAAAAAAAUAAAAAAAAAAAUAAGGUGAUUUUUCGAAACCGUUUGAUAGCUAUCCCAAACAACUGUAGGCUGUUCCGUCGUCGUCGUCGUUUUUGGAAACCGUGUAUUGUUAAUAACAAUAAUAAUAGUAAUAAUAAUAAUAAUAAUAACAACAACAACAUCGUUUAUGGUGGACAAGUUUCGUUGUCAUGUUAUAAUAGACAAAAAUAAUCUGAAAUAUUAUAUUAUUUAUUGAGCCGAUACAGGUUGCAACUGACAAACGCCGGUGAUAGUAUACAAACAUUAUAAACGGUUAGCGUUUACAAAAGCGUCGAUAAAACGUCGCCACUGCCGUUAUCAUGAAACCGAAACCGCGCAAUCAGAGCCCCGCGUCCGUGAGCGGCGCCAACGACGGUUCUAUGAGAGCCAUGCCGGACACCGGGAACGUUCUUCUGGAAAUGAUGCGGCAUGUCUUCGAACUGUUGACUGGGCCGAUUGUGGCCGAUUUCAUGUCUUCACUGGAAACUGUAGCUGCCCGCCGUCAACGGAGUCGGUUUUUGGACUUCUUGUUGGCCAUAGCGCACAAGACGCAUAUUUUACUCUCGAACCACGACCCGGAAGUCCGGAACGCCGCCGAAUUACUCACCGACGUCACGGCCCACUUGAUCGUCCGCUUGUAUUACUAAUGCCCGCUCUGCCCUGGUUUUCCAGCCGAAUCCAAAGAACAUAAUGUAGACAUAGUUUGGUUUUUAUUCGUGUGUAAAUGUACUGUUUUACAUUUUUCUUUCUUUUUUUUUUUUUUCAAUUAUAUCUGUAUGUAAAUUUUGGCACAUAUAAACGCGAUUUUUAGCACCCCCAAAAAUACCCAAUAAGUAAAUUUUAUCCAUGUAUUUUCAAGCAGAACAAAAUACAAAAUACAAGUUAUUAGUUAAAAAUAUUAAUACGUUAUCAUAUAAACAAUUUUAAAUAAAAUGUGCAGUUGCCUAGGUAUAAAUAUCGUGGAAAGUGGAUUGUAGGCACUGUACCCAUUGCCUCUAUGGGUCUGCGAUGUAUCUAUAAUUUUCCUAGUUGCGCUAGCUACCCAAUCUUACGUCUGGGUGGCAUGUUUUGCAAAUGCAAUUGUUGUACUUGUUAUCAUUUCUAAACGAUACCAGAAAAAGAUGGCCAAGAUUAAACGUAGAUAUCGUCGUAUAUUGAACAUUUUUUUUAAUGAUCUUAUGUGAACUAUUUUAGUAUGAACUAAAUUAAUUUGAUUCGGGAAAUCACAAAGCUCUAUACUUAAAAAAUUUUAUUUUUCAUAUUUUCGCAUACUUCGAGGUUUAAGUCCUAUUAAUUUCAAUUUGACCUUUAAAACAUAAAAUAAUAAAAGAAAUUUAAAAAAAAAAUCAUAAAAGAAUAAUUUAACUCUUAAGAGUUUGACUCCCACUAUUUUGAAGUUGACAUUUUUUUUUCCGUAAUAUAAUUUUGGAUUCCGAGUGAAGUAAAGAAUGUCUUUGUUUUACAAUGAUUUACUUUACUGUCAGAAAUAUCGCUUUGAUUUACAUGGGUAACACUUUUUAAAAAUAAAUUUUAUUUGGGUGAUACAUUUUUAAUUUUCCAAGAGGUUUUCAUAAUAAAUUAUGAUUAUAAUUAUUAAUAUAUAUAUUAAUAUAUAUUAAUUAUAAUUAUUAUAAUAAUUAAUUAUUUUAAGUUUUGCUUUUUUGAUUAUAAUUCAGUAAAAAUUCUUAGGGACUUGAAAUUUUGACAGGCGUGGUAAAAUUUUCAAAAUCUUUGACCCAUUUUUUUUAAACUAUUUAGUGGCAUUUUAUAUUUGAGAGUUUUUACGUAAUUUUUAUUUAAUAGAGGUCGAUAAAACCAUUAGAACAAACAGAAAUGCUUGUAAAUUUAACAAUUUAAUUUUUAAGCCGUACUUAACGGUAAAAAAAACAAAAAAAAUUUUACUUAUCAAAUUUUGACGAAAAUCGUAAAUGUUCGUAGUCUUUUAAUACAAUAUAUUGUAUAAUAAAACUGCUCAGGAUCGUUUUUCGUUAAUAAUGUUGCAUACAUUAAAUUACAGAUUACUAGUUGUAUUAAAUUAAGUGUGUACUAAGUGUGACUAGUUGUAAUGUAAAAUCAUUCAUUUAAUUUUUAUUUAUUAACUUUUUUUUUUUAGUAAGCUGGUGAUGAUAUAUUUAUCACCAUAUAAUUUGUAUUUUUUUUCUCUACUUGUAAACCAUACUCAAAAAGUUUUCUUAAUUUUGCCGACUGGCGUUUACAAAUAAAUAAAUCACCUAAAACAGUGUGGUAUUAUUUAAUUAAA